AUGAGCCACCCCAGCGAUGGUACAGAUCGACCUGGCAGCUCGUCUCUUGACCAAGGCAAUGUCGGUGAGCAGCGAACCAGCUUCUCGGACUUCGACAUUAGCACGCUGAAAGGCGAUGCUCCGGAAGCAGCGGAGGGAGAAGGUUCGCCGACAGUUGGAGCGGCUGGUGCCAGUAAUGGUGGCCAGAAGCCUCAAGUUGGUAGCGACGAGUGGCACAAAGUGCGCCGCGACAACCAUAAAGAAGUGGAGCGUCGACGUCGCGAGACCAUCAACGAAGGCAUCACUGAGCUGGCUAAGAUUGUCCCAGGCUGCGAGAAGAACAAGGGUAGUAUCCUUGCUCGUGCCGUCCAGUUCAUCACACAGCUGAAGGAGAAUGAGACUCAAAACAUUGAGAAAUGGACUCUUGAGAAGAUGCUCACAGAGCAGGCUAUUGCCGAGCUCAGCUCAAGCUGCGACAAGCUUAAGAACGAAUGCCAACGCGCCUGGGCAGAAUGCGAGCAAUGGAAAACAGCUGCUCAAAAGGCAGGUGUCACUAUCGAUGGUAGCGACAAGCUUCCUAGCGGCGAACAAACCGAGUGA